AUGCAGUACACUCCGUUUGCUUCCGACAUCGAGCUACCUUUCUAUACCUCGCUAGCUUCCCACAAGAUCAACCAUGAUAAACUCGAUGACUCGGCAAGGAAGCUACUGGGGCUUUAUGAGAUCAAGCCUACCGACGCACCUGAAGCAUCUUGUCGCAUGCAAAUUCGUGGAAAUGCUCUGACCAGUGAUGAAGUUCCGGCGGCUGCGUGUCGUGCGGAGGGCAUUAUUAAGAAUGUGAAUACGAUCGAAGAAUACAAGAAUUUGGAUAAGGCUACGGUUCUGCAUCGUGCUGGUCGGAUCAUCUGGGAGGCCAUCAAUGACGGAACCAUUUACUCAUGUCCAUCCCUUCUAGCAGCUUUCUCGGUCAUCUCAUUUGCAGACCUUAAGCGAUACAGAUUCACGUAUUGGUUUGCCUUCCCAGCUCUGCAUUCUGACCCGCCCUGGAAGCUUGACGAUUCGCGUCCAACCGUGUCCGGUCUGUCGAAGCAAGAAACGCAAGCGCUGGUUGAGAAGGUUCAAACGUGGAGAUAUAGCGUUGAUACCCGCCAGCAUGGAUUUUUCCUCGCGAAAAAGGUGCGAGUCAGUUCUCAGGGUGAGUUAAAUGAGAAUGCGGAGGAUGGAGAAGACAACCACGAGCAUUUUCGUUCAAGCUCACCAGGGGCGUCAGGGGAGGAGGCGAACUAUGUCUGGGCGGUAGCGCCCCUGGGAGGCUAUGAAAGUGGCUUCUUCAAGGAUGUCGAGCCCCACAACCGCUUCGUCUGCUUCGCGGAUCCUUCCACAUAUGCAAAGAACCCGGGCUGGAUGCUCCGCAACCUGCUGGUGCUCAUCCAGAGACGAUGGCAAUGCGACCGCGUCCAGAUACUCUGCUACAGAGAUGUACAAUCCCGUCGCGACGAUCCAAAGAGCAUAAUUCUCAAUCUCAUGACCGAAGGGACGCCGGCGGCGUUGGGGGAUUCUCACAAAAUUCACAACAGAUUACCGCCUAUGCCAAAGGUCACAGGCUGGGAACGCAACAAAGAGGGGAAGCUACUGAGCAAGAUUGUCCAUUUGGCCGAAUACAUGGACCCGCAGCGGCUUGCGGACCAAUCAGUAGACCUCAAUCUGAAAUUAAUGAGGUGGAGAAUAGCACCAAACUUGGAUCUUGAGAAGAUCAAGAACACGAAAUGCCUGUUACUCGGCGCGGGUACUCUAGGAAGUUAUGUAUCGCGCAAUCUCUUAGGUUGGGGGGUACGCAAGGUUACAUUUGUCGAUAAUGCAAAUGUGUCGUUUUCAAAUCCCGUCCGCCAGCCGUUAUUUGAUUUCAAGGACUGUCUGCAGGGUGGGGCCAAAAAGGCAUACCGCGCUUCUGAAGCUCUUUUGGAGAUUUAUCCUGGCGUGGACUCAUCUGGACACGUCUUUUCUGUGCCCAUGGCGGGCCACCCUAUCACUGAUGACAAGAAGACACGUAACGAUUUUGAUUUGUUGCAGUAUUUAAUUGAGCAUCACGAUGUCAUUUUCCUUCUUAUGGACACGCGUGAGAGCCGAUGGCUUCCAACGGUAAUGGCAAAGGCGGCUGGAAAGAUUGUCAUGAAUGCAGCAUUGGGAUUUGACACGUUUGUCGUCAUGCGACAUGGAAUGAAGUUGGCACACAACAGAGACCAAGAGCUAGGUUGCUAUUUUUGCAACGACGUGGUUGCACCUCAAGAUUCUAUCAAGGAUCAAACACUCGAUCAACAGUGUACUGUCACUCGUCCGGGCAUUGCUGCUAUCGCCUCCGCCAUGCUUGUCGAAUUACUUGUUUCUAUUCUCCAACAUCCAGAUGGCGGUGCUGCGCCCGCUCCCAACUCUACAGACCAAGACCGAGGGGAGCAUCCUCUUGGCCUUGUUCCUCACCAGAUUCGCGGAUUCUUGUCCAAUUUUCAAAAUAUGACGAUCAAAGGUCGCAGCUACGACUGCUGCAGUGCUUGCUCUGAUAGGGUGGUUGACGCCUACCGAAAAGGCGGCUUUGAAUUUGUCCAGCGUGCGUUGAAUGAGAAAGGUUACGUUGAGGAAUUGAGCGGCCUAGCCGAGGUCCAACGGGCGGCAGAAGCGGCGGCCGCAGAGAUUGAAUGGGACGAGAAUGAAAUCGGCGAUGACGGAGACGAAGACGAAGGGGAGGGACAGCUCAUCUAA